UUAGACGUCAAUAAAAAGAAAAGUAACGUCUACUGUGUUCUCACAAUCACACAAAACCUUGCUAAUACGUUGCAAAUAUUAAACUUCAAGAGCUUCAAAUUUCUCAAACAGAAAUGGGAUCUAAAGGAAAUGACCCAAAAAGGAGCAAACCCACAAACCAUUCUCCAUUUCCAUCAACUUCAAUGCAAUUUUCAAGCUUAUCAAUCCCAACCCUUCCACCAGAACUCAUCACUGAAAUCUUGUCCAGGCUUCCUGUGAAAUCCCUGUUGAAAUUCAGGUGUGUUUCAAAAUACUGGCUUGAUGUAAUUUCUAGCCCUGAAUUUAUCAAGACGCAUCUCAGUUUAUCCUUUAAUAACAAGGAAUACACCCAUAAUAUGUUUAUGUUUAUGUUUGAUCGUGGUUUGACUCUUCAAUGUUGUACUCUUAGGUCUUUAUUUUAUCAGCCUGUUACUGAGGCAUUUGACUUGGAUUAUCCCAUGAAAGGCAAUGAUUUAUACACCAAAUUGCCUAGGUCUGAUUGGAUUUUAGGUUCUGUCAAUGGGUUGAUUUGUCUUGCCGCCGGGAAGAAUGACUUGUUUAUAGGGAAUCCAUCAAUUAGAAAGUACAGGAAAUUGCCUGAUCCAAGACCUAGAUUGAAGAAGUUUGUUAGCUCGCCGAUAUAUAGUUUUGGAUAUGAUGAGUUUCAUGAUGAUUAUAAAGUUGUUGGUGUUUUUUAUAGUUAUGACAGUUCUGAUCAUGCUGAAGUAAAAAUAUAUAGUCUAAAAAGUGAUUCUUGGAGAAGUCUUGAUGAUUGUCCAAGUGAGGUCCUAUUAGUUGGUUCGGGUAAGUUUUUGAAUGGGAAAUUUCAUUGGGAUGUCGACGGGAAAAUCAUUUCUUUUGAUUUGGGUGAGGAGAAAUGGGGAAAGACGAUGAAGCAGCCCUGCUAUGGAGAAGGAGAUUUCGUUAUAUGGUUGACAGUGUUGGCAAGUGAUCUUUCUAUCUUUUGUGAUUAUAUGCGAACUCUUCUAGAUGUUUGGGUUAUGAAGGAGUACGGGGUUAAAGAAUCUUGGACAAAAAUGUAUACCAUCAACUGUCCUGGUGAUGAAGUGGAUAUUUGUCAUCUACUUUGUCCGCUCUUAUUUACGUCAAAAAAGGGUGAAAUUUUGGUUGUGUUUGGUUCAGUUUCCAUGAUAUACAAUCCUAAGGAUGAAUCAAUUAGAUAUUCAGAGGUUAUUAAUAACUUUGAUGGUGAUUAUGAGGCGGAAAUAUACGUUGAAAGCCUAGUUUCUCCUUUUUCUACACAAGGGCUUGAGGAUGCAAGGAAAAGAAAAAGCCUGAAAAACAUCAGAUCAAGAUAAUCAUGUAACAAAUAACUUAUUUCAGGAAGUGAAAGCUGUUGGUAAGAACAAAGGAUCUAUCCGCUUGUUUGACUGCUUGAAUCAAAAUAGUGAAGCCUGGGUUUUCCCCUGUUCCCAAUGUUCAUUGAAUCUACUGUUAUUUCCAUGUGCAUAGCAGAAGACUUACCUAUGUUACCUAUAUUUGCUGAUUGGAUAUCCCAUUUUGUCGUCGUUGUAGCUUGAAUGUGUCACGAGAGAAAGGUUGAACAAGCUGCUCAUUCCAUUGUAUCUGUUGAAUUUAGUAUCUUGAGACUGUCAAAUUUCUUUUUUAUGUCACGCAUCUUGAGAUUGAUUGGAAAUACAAGUUGAAUCUUUAAGAGCUUUACAAUGUCAUCUGUUAACAAUAGCAACAGAGUUCGAAGAUUAACAUAUAACUCAGCCCACUUUUGCUCACCAAAAUUUGAAUCAACCCGCCUAUUUGACACUGAAUAUUCAAUGCAAAAAUCAUUAAUACAGCUAAGUAUAGAUACAUAUCGGAACAAUUGUGAACUUGUAUUAGGAAAUACCUUCUAAUUUUUAAUUUGUUUCCUUCUUUUACCGAUAUUUGGCCAACAAAUUGACUACAUAUUGCCAAUGACUAGAAUUUACCUAUUCAUCAGCUACUUCCCAACUAACAAAUGCUGAAACCUAGUCCUAGUAUCCAUCCCUGUUAGGACAUUUACAUAGUUCUCUUCAAAUUCAAGUGCAUUUCGAAAUCCUGGUAUGUGUUAAAUCUUUAGACCUGAAUUCUUCACGAUCCAUCUCAGUGUUUCCGCUUAUGAUGUGGCGAUGUUUAGCUGGAAAGUUUUGGGGAAACAACCAAUAAAUAAUACUUAAUUAAGCAAAUAAGAACACGAGAAAAUGUUACUGCCUAUAAUUACUAAAUGCAUCAGAAAAUGAUCAAAAUAGGAGCACCAGUUCCUUCUUUUAUGAGCUGAUUUACCACAUAAACUAUCGCAUGUAUGAUUUGGUAUAGUGUGGGAAAAUUUAUGUGAUGACAACUUUGUGAAGAUAUCUCUUUCCAUGGAUCUCUUUGGCUGGAACAGGGUCCUUAAUUUCUUUCAAAUCGUCAGGCAUAAGCCAAACCGAUAAUGAAAAUGAAAAUAAGGCAUGUAAAUAAAGAUGGAAGUAUCUUAGUUCCAUUACCAAAAGUAAUAAUAUCUUGAGUCCUUCAAGUGUUGAAUUCGUUCAGACGUGCUCCUCUAAGUACACACUACAUCACACCCAGGUGUCAUUUGCUAAAUAAGUAAAGCAACUAGAAAGAAGCGUAACGAAUGAGAGUCGUUGAAACUAGCAUAUUGGGAGAUUUCCAACAUUUGAAAGUGUCUUAUCACAUUUGCAAUGCAUGUUUUUAGCCCCUUUGAUACUAUUUUCUUUCACAAACU